AUGUCUUACACUGAAGAUUCGGGAGUGGCGCUAUCUACGUGCAACAAGCAGGGCAUAUCCAAUGGAGAGAACAAAUUGGAAAAACCCACCACUGUCAUACUUCCAGACGAUACAAUUGACUUCAAGGGCGACGAAACUCCUGCCAAGGCCGCUGAAGAUCCACCGUUGCCUGAGACGGGAACGGAAGACGUAGAACUAGGAUGUACCGAUGCCAAGCCUGUGGUGAAUCGCGCGGAUAACGAAGAGAAGUUGUUAAAUGGAUCCGAAGAUCUCGAAAAUCUUGACUCAGAAGCAGAUGAUAAAGACCUCAGUGAGGGUUCUGAUGUCGACGAGUACCUAGAACAAUACAGGAGGAGAUACGAGGACAUGGAGCCACGAAUUAAUCUAGCACCAAAGCGUGUGAAGCAGUCCUACCAAUACACCAGAAUCUUGGAAGAGAGACUUUCACUUCUAGAGGAAAGAGCCACCGCGUUUGACAAGAAGCUGCGCAGGAUAACAGACGGCGUGGAUGAAGUCCCUCCAGCACCACCCCCACCCCCUCAAACCGACCGGCUGCAGCUGAAGCCCGAACUGAAGUUUCAACUCUUGAGAGAUUUGAAUCGCCUAGGUACAGGAAUACAACCCGCCACUCAUCAGAUCGAUGUCUUUGUUGGGGAGCCAAAAGCACAGAAGACCGGGAAGUUUCGGAGACGAAAGACGGAGUCAGAGGCUUUCGAAGAUGACAGUAUGGGCAACCAGAUCGUGUUAUCCGAUCCAAAAUUGGCACAAGUCUCCGAUUCCAGCGAUGAGAGAAGGCUGAUUGAAGAAAUGGCUAAAGUCAAGAGCAAGCACUUCCCGACUCGGAUUCGAUUAAACGAACCAGCCAUAUAUCACCUAUUUCGGAAGUACCUUGCGUACAAUGACGUGGAUGAUAUCAUAGACAACGUGGUGCUGCGGCCUUUCAAACCCCUACUUCACAACAAGGAAGAGUUACGCAACAUCAUGUUGGACGUGGUCGCAUCUUUCACUACAAUUAUUGAGCAACGUGCCUAUAAAGAUGUGGGGGCGAUCAAAGAUCCUGGGGAACUAGACAACGAAACCACCACACAUCAAUCUCAAGAGGCGAUUGAAGUGACAGAUAUGCCACCCAAGAAGAGCUGCAAUGCUGUACCUAACGAUGAGUCCAGUGCUCCUGACGCCAUUACGGCAGACGAAUGGGACACUGUAUUGAAACAGCUCGAGCUUUUCCAGGAGACCUCGUGUUGUGGACGAAACAUGAGCGCAUGGUCAACCCUCACCGAGGUCAAAAAGUCUUUCCAAUGUGUCAACGACUUGCUUGACAAUUAUUUGCUGCCUGGACAUACGGAACUCCGGGAACGUAAGACCACGAAGGUGCGAUUCUGUGAUCUAUGGCACCUUUUUCAAACUGGAGAUCUUGUGGCUACGAAGCCAUUGACAACUUUGGAUGAAACAGAAACACAGGAUCGAUUGGGCAUGAGAAUUCUUAUGACAGCAGGUGGCAGGAGAGCCAUCAUGCCCAAACUUCCUGCUCCAGUAUUUCCAACUCCUGUGAAACUGCUCAUCCCGGAGGACACGAUUGAACCUAUAAACGGAAUCAAUCCGUUUUGCAUUUAUGCAUAUUACUUGGACUUUAACGGUUCUAGACUGGUACCUGUACGAAGACGGAUCGUGAUUGCACCAUACUCCGGAGAGCGAAAUAUUAUGGAUCUUGACGUUGUCCCAGUCAAUUAUGCUAGUGACACGGCUGAAAUGCUGAGAACACGGGGCGAGAAAUUCAUCAAAUUCGUCACGUCUCUCAUCGCACCAUACGUGGACUGCAAAGGCCUCGAGUUAUGCACCCGAGAGGAGCUCAACGAUAAAGUUAUCGUGGAUAUGAAAGGGUAUCUCGGUAGUAACCCUGGCGACAUGCCGACGUUCCAGGAGCCAGAAGAGCUGGACAUAUCAGAGACCAGCGAUUGCUAUAAAGGAGCAGACUGUGAUUAUGGGAGUUUUUCCUGCUAUCACCGCUCUGAAAUUGUACAUGAUCAAAUGUUCGAUCUCGCAGCCUAUCGGGAGUACGUCGAGGACAAACCUGUUUUCCAUCCGCUGUCGGGCACGCAGAACGCUGGUCCAAGGGAGCUUCCUGAUUUUAGUAUCUGCUAUUAUCGCGUGUUUGCUUACAAACUUCGUUCGCGUGAAUGGGUACAAGUGAACGUCAAGGAUCUCGAAUUACUAAAAGAGACUGAGAAGGGCAGAGGCUUCGAGAAGCUGGUCUUGUCGCCGGACCACAAACAUAUCCUCGAGUCCCAAGUCCGAGAGCACUUUCGUAAGAGAGGAUCGCAAGCUGUUGACGGAAGCACGGAGAAUGACAUGGACCUGGUCCGGGGUAAAGGACAAGGGCUUAUCAUACUUCUCCAUGGGGCGCCAGGAGUCGGCAAAACAUGCACUGCGGAAUGCAUCGCUGAUCUGGUGGACAAGCCGCUUUAUCCCAUCACAUGCGGUGACCUAGGAAGCUCCGCCGAAGAUGUCGAGAAGAACCUGAAGAAACACUUCACACUUGCCAGUCGCUGGGAUUGCGUGAUGCUGCUAGACGAAGCGGAUGUUUUCCUUGCCAAGAGGAAGCUUGAAGAUCUUCAGCGCAACAGCAUCGUAUCGGUGUUCCUUCGCAUGCUAGAGUACUACAAAGGUCUACUGUUUCUGACCACUAAUCGCGUGGGCACUUUUGACGAGGCUUUUACAUCUCGAGUGCACAUCUCGCUGUUCUACCCCAACUUCGACAGAGACACCACACUCAAAGUGUGGAAGACUUUCAUUGAUCAGACGCAACAUGUACUGGAAAGCAGCGGACGUAGUAACGUGACUAUCGAUGCAGAAGCUAUCGAAAAGUUCGCUCGGAAGCACUGGAAGGAAAACAAGCAAGCACGCUGGAACGGACGUCAAAUCCGAAACGCUUUCCAUACUGCGGUGGCUAUGGCCGAAUUUGGCGCACGAAACCAGAAGGCUGAAGCAGGCUACAAUGACCACAAAGAUGUGAAGAUCAACGUGGGGAAAGCGGAGUUUGAGAAGAUUGCCAACACUGCUAGGGAAUUCGAUGUGUACAUGACCGAGACAAUGGGUACAAGUUUCGAUUUCAAAGCAUCGAAAGAUGGAUUGAGGAAGCAGCAGAAGGAGCAGAAGGAGAAAGCAAAGAAGAAGAAAAAGAAGAAACAGUCCAAGUCGAAGAAGCACAGCGAUUCGAGUUCAGAUAGCGAGAGUGAGGACGACGAGGAUGAUUCUGAUAGUGACUAG